UGGCGGAACCGGGCGGUCAAUGGUGUAUUUAGCAAAUAAUCCUUUUCAUGUUUCCGAUUUGGACAUCUUUUUAACUGUAUUGUUUGGGCAUGUUCCUGAGUAUAUCAUCGUUUUAUGUUUGCGUGCUUAGUUUUAUUAUCCGAACGGUAAUCAUAUUCAAAGCGUUUCGUCUUGUAUAGUAUUUAUUGUUAGAAGAGUAUCCUGGUUAGCAUCUUUGUUGGAAGUUUAGGCCUCGCAAGGCUUGUUACUGGUUUGUCACAAUAGCCGGGACACAAUUUAGCAUGUUUUGGAUAUUUUCCAUGGUGAUUUUUUGACCUGGGUGGAAAAAAAAAAAAAAAAAAGUAACAUGGUAGUUGAGUCCGUUUCGAUGACUCGUAACUAUUGAGACGUGCGUUGUUGUAAUAGCGCUGUAAUUGAAGACGCCUUCACGGGGCGGCAUCAUUAAAAAUUCGAGGCUCACAAAGGAAGAUGUCCUACGGCGCAGCGGGAAGCGGCGGGAUGGCUGCUUGGAUGGAGGCAGCAAAUGGCAGGGGUGUUACUGGUAAGAUGGAAGGGGUCAAGAAAGAUAAGAUGGGACCCAAGCUGUCUGUAGAAAGAGUCUACCAAAAAAAAACUCAGCUCGAACACAUUCUUCUUCGACCUGACACGUACAUUGGAUCUGUGGAGCCCAUCACUCAGCUAAUGUGGGUUUUUGAUGAAGAGGUUGGAAUGAACCAGAGGGAAAUUACCUAUGUACCCGGACUGUAUAAAAUUUUUGAUGAGAUUCUUGUCAAUGCAGCAGAUAACAAACAGAGGGACAAAAACAUGAGUGCCAUUAAGAUCAGCGUUGAUCCGGAAUCCAACACCAUCUCUGUGUGGAACAAUGGUAAAGGAAUACCAGUGGUGGAGCACAAAGAUGAGAAAAUGUAUGUCCCAGCUCUCAUUUUUGGUCACUUGCUCACCUCCAGCAACUAUGAUGAUGAUGAAAAAAAGGUCACGGGUGGGAGGAAUGGCUAUGGUGCCAAACUUUGCAAUAUUUUCAGUACCAAAUUCUCUGUGGAAACUGCCUGCAAGGAGUACAGACACAGCUUCAAACAGACUUGGCAGAACAACAUGAGCAAGUCUUCAGAGCCCAAGAUCAAGUUCUUCGAUGGAGAUGAUUUCACCUGUGUGACUUUCCAGCCAGACCUGUCUAAGUUUAAGAUGGAGAAACUGGAUAAGGAUACAGUUGCUCUUCUAACACGCAGAGCAUAUGAUGUGGCCGGCUCUUGCAAAGGUGUCAAAGUCACGCUGAACGGGAAAAAAUUACCUGUUAAUGGCUUCCGCAGCUAUGUGGAUCUGUAUGUGAAAGACAAACUGGAUGAGACUGGUGUCGCCCUGAAGGUGCUGCAUGAGACUGUAAAUGACCGAUGGGAAGUGUGCCUCGCAAUGAGCGAGAAAGGAUUCCAACAAAUCAGCUUUGUCAACAGCAUCGCCACCACCAAGGGAGGUAGACACGUUGACUAUGUGGUGGAUCAGAUCGUGUCCAAACUUAUUGAAGUGGUGAAGAAAAAAAACAAGGCAGGAGUGUCUGUCAAACCUUUUCAGGUUAAGAACCACAUUUGGGUUUUUGUGAAUGCACUGAUUGAGAAUCCCAGCUUUGACUCCCAGACAAAAGAAAACAUGACCCUACAGACAAAAAGCUUCGGUUCCAAAUGCCUUCUGUCGGACAAGUUUAUCAAGGCUGCAACAAAUUGUGGGAUUGUUGAGAGUAUACUCAACUGGGUGAAGUUUAAAGCACAGACACAGUUGAAUAAAAAGUGCUCAUCUGUGAAGCACAGCAAGAUAAAGGGCAUCCCCAAGUUAGAUGAUGCCAAUGAUGCUGGGGGCAAACACUCCUCAGAAUGCACUCUCAUCCUCACUGAGGGCGAUUCAGCAAAAUCUCUUGCUGUGUCUGGACUCGGCGUGAUCGGGCGCGAUCGCUAUGGUGUAUUCCCGCUGAGAGGAAAGAUCCUAAAUGUACGCGAAGCAACCCACAAACAGAUCAUGGAAAACGCUGAAAUCAAUAACAUCAUCAAAAUCGUUGGGCUCCAAUACAAGAAGAGUUACGAAGACCCAGAGUCCCUGAGGAGUCUGCGCUACGGCAAGAUCAUGAUCAUGACAGAUCAGGAUCAAGAUGGGUCCCAUAUAAAAGGUCUGCUCAUCAACUUCUUUCAUCACAACUGGCCAUCCUUGUUGAAACACACAUUCCUGGAGGAAUUUAUCACACCCAUUGUCAAAGUCAGCAAGAACAAGCAAGAGCUGGCCUUUUACAGCAUUCCAGAGUUUGGCGAGUGGAAGAAACAGACAGAAAACUAUAAAACCUGGCAUGUAAAGUACUACAAAGGUUUGGGUACAAGUACAAGCAAAGAGGCAAAAGAAUAUUUUGCUGAAAUGGAGAGGCAUCGCAUCAUAUUUAAAUACAAUGGUGCUGAGGAUGAUGCUGCCAUCACUUUGGCCUUCAGUAAGAAGAAAACAGAUGACAGAAAGGAAUGGUUGACCAACUUCAUGGAGGACAGACGGCAAAGAAGAAUGCAUGGUCUCCCUGAGCAAUACCUGUAUGGAACGCAAGCCAGGCAUCUAUCCUACAAUGACUUUAUCAACAAGGAGCUGAUUCUGUUCUCCAACUCUGACAAUGAAAGAUCCAUCCCAUCGUUGGUUGAUGGCUUGAAGCCUGGCCAGAGGAAAGUGCUUUUCACUUGCUUAAAGAGGAAUGACAAGAGGGAGGUGAAAGUUGCACAGCUGGCUGGGUCAGUAGCAGAGAUGUCUGCUUACCAUCAUGGAGAGCAAGCGCUCAUGAUGACCAUUGUCAACUUGGCUCAAAACUUUGUGGGAAGUAACAACGUCAACAUCUUGCAGCCACUUGGUCAGUUUGGUACUCGCAUCAAUGGAGGCAAAGAUGCUGCCAGCCCUCGUUAUAUCUUCACUAUGCUCAGUCCUCUUGCCAAGCUGUUAUUUCCAGCAGUGGACUCCAACCUGCUGAAGUUCCUUUAUGAUGACAACCAAAAGGUGGAGCCGGAGUGGUACAUUCCCAUCAUUCCCAUGGUGCUUAUAAACGGUGCAGAGGGCAUUGGAACAGGUUGGGCGUGUAAGAUUCCCAACUACGACCCCCGAGAGAUUGUCAACAACAUCAGCCGGAUGCUAAACCAUCAAGACCCCCUAGCAAUGCUUCCCAGAUAUAAAAACUUUAAAGGGGUGAUCCACGAACUGGGUCCGAACCAGUAUCUGGUCAGUGGAGAGGUGUCAGUCCUUGACAAAAACACCAUCGAGAUCACAGAACUUCCCGUCCGAACAUGGACACAGGCUUAUAAGGAGUCUGUGCUGGAGCCGAUGCUGCAGGGCACCGACAAAACACCAUCACUCAUCAGCGAUUAUAAGGAGUACCACACAGAUUCUACCGUUAAGUUUGUGGUUCGCAUGUCUGAGGAAAAACUAGCCCAGGCUGAGGCAGCUGGGCUCCACAAAGUCUUCAAACUUCAAUCCAGCCUCACCUGCAACUCAAUGGUUCUGUUUGACCACAUGGGUUGUCUAAAGCGAUAUGAUUCAGUCCAAGACAUUCUAAGAGAAUUCUUUGAGCUGCGCCUGCACUACUACAAACUUCGAAAGGACUGGUUAAUUGGUAGCCUCGGAGCCGAAGCAGCUAAACUGUCCAAUCAAGCUCGUUUUGUGCUGGAGAAGAUCGAAGGAAAAAUUUCAAUUGAGAACAAAUCCAAGCGUGAGCUAAUCCGCAUGUUGGUCCAGAAAGGCUAUGAGUCUGACCCUGUAGCUGCCUGGACAAAGGCUCAAGAAAAGGCUAAAGAAGAAGACGACAACGAUGGAAAUGACAGCGACAGCUCAUUGCUCUCUGGUACUUCGUCUGGCCCAAAUUUCAAUUACAUCCUCAACAUGUCUCUUUGGUGCUUGACGAAAGAGAAGGUGGAGGAGCUCCUGAAACAAAGAGACCAGAAGACAGGAGAGCUGCAGAAUAUCCAGGAGAAAUGUUCAGAGGAUCUGUGGAAGGAGGACUUGGCAGUUUUCAUUGAGGAGUUAGAUAAUUUUGAGGCACUUGAGCGAGAAGAGCAUAAUUUAGGGAAAGUCAUCAAACUUGUGAAAGGUAAAGUUGGUAAACCCAAAGCAAAGAAGCUGAAUCUCGAGGAGACCUUGCCGUCACCAUUUGGCCGCAGGGUGGAUCCUCCAUCUCAGCCGCUGAAAUCUGACGCAUCCAAGAAAUUGACUAAAAAGAAGAAGGUCGACUCAGACCCAGCCCUGAAGUUGGAGGGUGAUGAGGAUGGUUUGGGCCGAGAUGCAGCAACAGGCGAAAGCCCUGUAGUCAAACCAAAGAAUCCACGUGUAAAGAAGGACAAGAAAGAACCAGGCGUUCCCAGAGUGAGAAAAACACCAGGACCCAAAGGAACUCCUGUAAAAAAGGUGAAAAAAAGAAAUCCCUGGUCUGAAGAUGAGUCCAAUUCAGACAGUGAUCUGGAGAAUAGUCAGCCUGUCAUCCCCAGACAGACCAAAUCUCAAAGGGCAUCAGCAUCCAAGCCAAAAUACACGUUUGACUUCUCAGAGGAGGAAGAUGAGAGGGAUAACGAGGAAGAGGAUAAUGAUGACGACGACGACCCUGUGGCCACGUUUAAAGACGAACCCAAUGCAUCUGAAAUGAAGGGGCAAGACAGUGACCUUGAUGAUGACUUUGAUUACGAUGAAGACUCAUACUCUGCCCGCAACCAAAAGAGCAUGUCUGGGCUUGUGGCUAAAAAGAAAGAGACAACCGCAAUCUUCUCUUCGAAAUCUGCCUUCUCAGAAAAGAGCAACGACAGCGACCGGUCGAAAUCUGACAGUGACGAUGACAACAACAGAGUUCUCUCCACGUUUUCAAGCACCUCUGCGUUUGACAGCCCAUCAUUAGCAAAGAAAGAUACAAGAUCUGUAUCGCUCGCCGCACAUGCAGCAACGCAGUCUAAUGUGACUGAACGAGAUCAUCGCGACAAAAAUUCCAGUUGCUGGCUCUUCCCCGCACACCAAUCGAUUGAGCACCAAACAUCAACCGGCGCGCUGCAACAGAAAAACUGCAACCUUGUAUCUUUUGAAGUACUAAUUACUUUAUGCUGCAAUGCCACCGCACAUUUACUUCAAAACAUACUCGAUAUUUCACGAUUUUUAGCCUUUGUUUAUCGCCGACCCCAUUUGGCAUCUACCCUGUUGGAGCCCUCCACCUCUUCCACAGAAGUAGGUGUGUCGCGGCCCGCAUUGUAAUAACCGCCCAUAACGUCAAAAGAAUUGCCCUUUUUAAAAUGGAAUCGGCCUGUAACGUAUUAAAUGGCCAAUAACGUAAUGAAAGUCCUGAACGUAAUAACCUUUGGCCAAUAACCUAAUAAUAAAAUAAAAAGCCUAUAUUGGCUGGUUAGUAUGUUAUUUGCCUGUUCAAAAUAAUAAAUCUUUGCAAAUGUAAAUAACUGAACCCAUGAUGUAAUAAUCUACUAAUAUAUCUUAAUUUAACUUUGUAUUUUUGGAUAUGAAUGCGCCGUUAUUACGUUAUGAGCCAUUACACGUCUGCAACCGUAAUUUGCCCUUUUUAAAAUGUAAUAGGCCCGUAACGUAGUAAUAAUAAAAGUCCUAAACCUGAGGCCUGAACAUGGAGAGAGGGAGAGCGAGAGCGACAGACAGAGACGGAAAGAGUAUGCAUGCAAGUGAAAAUCUCUUUGAUGGGGUGGGUAAACCGGGUUGUCGUCAUCCCGCGGAUGCCUGCAGCGGCAUAUUUAACCUGGGUUGUCUGCGCCUGUGGGCGGAAACCCUGCCCACUUUAUUAGACGCCAAUCAAAGCAUGUUAUUCAUUCAUUUCCGGUCUUGCAUGCAUGGAGAAAAGGAUCCAUACUAAUAAUGGCGAUGAUGCGUUCAAUGAACAGAGCGUUCGUUGUCCACUCUUCGAUAUUUCUGAAUGAAAUACGUCUAAUCCACAUCCACCCCAACUUUGGUGAUACAUUUUUAUGAACGAAGAAUCAUAUUUUUUUUUACUUGUUUUUGAAAAUUGGAGUCGUCUGAUUUUGCACUGAAAUGACUUGAAAGACCUUUUUUUCCCCCCCACAUUAGCCUCUUAAUUGCAUAAUAGAUGUUAAUUUAGAAAACCCUGAAUUCAAAUGAUUAGCCUUAACCUCGAACCAGAAAUUUACUCAAUUCACAGAAAAUUCAGAUUUCUCCUGUUGCAAUUGA